AUGGGGGUAGAACUGGUAGGAUCAGGGAAGGGGGAACCCCCGAUGAACCCGGCAUUGGCGACACCUCUUUACGUUUUGGCUGGUGCGGUGGGUGUUUCUUUCGUUUGCCGCAUGGGUGUCCUCAUACGACAUCGUCGACGUCUGCGUGGGAUACUUCGAAACGGAGAUCAGUCAAAAUACACCAAGAUUAGCGGAUUUCAUGCCAAAUUCAAGAGACAUGUUCUGUACGCGCCGUUAUUUUCGACUCACCAUAACCGCGAACUCCAGCUCAUGGGCCGACUGCACAUGGGCACGGUACCAUUACGACUAGAGGUCGGCGUGUUGCUUGGAUAUAUCACGUUGAAUAUCAUAUUCUUCUUCUGCCUGAUCGACUGGCCCGUCGACUUUCAAGAGAAGAUGUUCCAAUUUAAGUACGCUGCUGGACAUUUGGCCGUGAUGAACUCGCCCGCUUUGGUAUUAACGGCAGGUCGGAAUAACCCUUUUAUUCCGCUGUUGGGCAUAUCGUUUGACGCGUUUAAUCUCCUUCAUCGUUGGAUUGGGCGGAUUAUGGCUGUGGAGGCAGCGGUUCAUAUGGCUUGUGUGGUUGCCGGAAAGGCUCGUUUGAUGAGCAUGGGUGAAAUGACACAUAUGAUGUGGAAUGAACCUUUCUAUAUAUACGGAUUGGUGGCAUUGAUCGGAUUCGUGUUAAUAUUCUUCCAAGCCAUGUCGGCGCUGCGUCAUGCAUGGUAUGAGACGUUUCUUCAUCUGCAUAUACUUUUGGCUAUCAUGUCCUUCGUGGCAUUGUGGUAUCAUCUUAAGAAUCUUCUUCAGCAGCGGGUUCUUCUCGGAACUGUGAUUCUUUGGGGUCUUGAGCGGGCCGCACGAGGAGCAUGCCUCCUCUGGCGAAACUGUGGAAAGCAAUUCACAACAGCCACUAUCGAAAUCCUCCCUGCCGACGUAGCCCGCGUCGACGUCGCAAUGGCCCGAACAUGGAACUUCAAGGCCGGUCAGUACCUUUACCUAUACAUUCCGACACUAGGACUAUGGACGUCACAUCCAUUCUCCGUCGCAUGGACAUCAAUGGACUGCACCGAUGUAAACGAGAAACGCAGCUCAGGGGAUUCACUCAAUACGCUCAUUGGCGCACCACAAAGGCAUAAAAUGUCGUUCUUGAUUAAGGGGAGGGAUGGGUUCACGAAGAAAUUACUCAAGAAGGCGAGAAGGACUACUGAUGGGUCUUUGAAAGUUACUGCUCUUGCGGAAGGGCCGUUUGGUGGACUUCAUUCUCUCUCCUCUUAUGGAACAGUUCUUCUUAUUGCAGGGGGAAUCGGAAUCACACAUCCGAUAUCGUAUCUACACGAGUUCGUCAGUGCUCUCUUUACACCCAAACACACAGCAGUCCGACAAGUGAGCUUGAUCUGGGUUGUCCGAAGCAUCGACCACCUAACCUGGAUCCAAUCAUGGAUGCUCACCCUAAUGUCCCACCCCACCCUCCGCUCCAACACCACCACUAUAACCCUCUCAAUUCACAUCUACAUAACUGCCCCCCAAUCUACAACCGACGAAUACGUGACCCUCUCAAAUCCCUGGGCCCACCACGCGCCUCCCAACAUUCCGGUAACGAUUAAUUGGGGAAAACCGGAUUUUUUGUUUAUCCUGGAAAACGCAAAGGCGUAUCAGGUCGGUGCCAUGGCUGUUAGUGUUUGUGGGCCUGGGGCGAUGGGGGAUGAUGUUAGGAGGGCUGUUCGGGAGAGGCAGGGGGGGACGGUUGUUGAUUUGUAUGAAGAGUCAUUUUCUUGGUAG